CCCUUUAUUCUUGGUGGGGUGGGAACAGGCAAGGAAGUGCAUUGACUUGCUGAGUAACACUCCUUUCCCAGCACAGGGUGUGUAUGCUAGCUACGUCUUAGUCUUCCCUUCGCGAGAAGAGAUUAAAGCUCAUGGUUAUUCUCGACCUUCUAGCGCAAAUUAGCAGUAAUCUAGAGGAAACACAUUUCAUACUUCACUACAAUCAGCUUCAACCAUGGAGAGGACUGUCCAGUAUCCAACCAGCACGCAUGCCACGGCGCAUGGUUUCAGAGGCGCCCGGAACGGCCAGCCGGAAGAGACUAAACAUCAAGUCUAAUGCAAGACAUGGCCGGCGUCAGUUUGCGGGAAGACCCACUCGUCAUGGACCAGUGCUCGUCUCUGGUGGUUGGAGACACGUAGAACAGUGAAUAUGCGUGAUGAAGAGCCGUGACGAUCAUCGGUGUUAGUUGUAAGCAGCCUCACGGGCACCAUUCAUACUACUUGCCAUGCAUUUGUUCCGUGCUUUGAUGCUAUGAUAAAAACUAGGAG